AUGUGUGCCGGGAUCAAGAUCCGAUCUAGAGUCGAGACGGGGAUGACUGCGGCGGGUGAUGAUCAUCCCGGUGAUGGAUAUCAUCAUGGCAAAGGUGGAGGCAUCAUGAUGAUGAUGGCGAUGGAAGGGAGGACACCGGCGGCGGCGCUAGAACCAGAGCAGCGGCAGAUGAGACACUUCCCAAGGACUGUUGAAGAUGUGGCUGACAUGGGAGCCUAUGCGAUGCUGCUGGAACCUUCUGGAAGUGUAGUUGUAUUAGAAGGAUCAGGGCCUUGUGCUCCUGCUUCCCUGUGUGUUGUUACUGGUGCUGGAAAUGGGAGAAUGGAGGGUGUAGGUGGCGUGGUCACUCACAUGCCAUUGGGGGGUGGAGGGAGCAGACAGGAAGAGAACUAUUGCUCCCAGUCACAGUGCAAUUGGCAGCAGCAGCAGCAGCAGCAGCAGCAGCAGCAGCAGCAGCUUCAACCGCAGCAGGAACAGCUUCUUACGAUAAAUCGUACCACUAACAAUGACUAUGAAUCAGGUGGGGGUGCCUCUGGGCCUGGCCAAGAGCGACUCACCCAUUGGGAGCAGGAGCAGCAGCAGCAGCAGCAGCAGCAUAUCCAGUAUGAGUCUCAGCACCCGACGCAAAACCAAAGGCAACAGCAGCCGCGUAACAAAGCACAGCAGCAGCAGCAGCAGCAGCAGCUUCAACUGCUGAAGUACCCAUGUCAGCGUUGUACCUGUCGCACUCAGCAGCAGCGGCAGAACCAAAUGCAACAGCAGCCCUAUAAUGAUAUCCAGCAACAACAACAACAACAACAGCAGCAGCAGCAGCAGCAGCAGCAGCAGCAGCAGCAGCAGCAGCAGCAGCAGCAGCAGCAGCAGCAGCAGCAGCAGCAGCAGCAGCAGCAGCAGCAGCAGCAGCAGCAGCAGCAGCAGCAGCAGCAGCAGCAGCAGCAGCAGCAGCAGCAGCAGCAGCAGCAGCAGCAGCAGCAGCAGCAGCAGCAGCAGCAGCAGCAGCAGCAGCAGCAGCAGCAGCAGCAGCAGCAGCAGCAGCAGCAGCAGCAACAACAGCAGCAACAACAGCAGCAGCAACAGCAGCAGCAACAGCAGCAACAACAGCAACAGCAGCAACAACAGCAGGCGAUGUCAGAGCUUCCGUUUGAAGUUGAGGGAAUAAGUGGUGGCAUCCCUAUGACUUCUGCACAGCCCGUGUCCUGCCCCACAGGUCUUCACACGGCUGCUGCGCAACAAGUGUCCCUUGCUGAAUCAGUAGCUCUCUCGGAGCUGCAUUUCGAGCAAGAGCACCUUGGAAGGACAGUGGUAGCAGCAGCUGGGGUAUCUUUUGAGGCGUCUCAAAAGUCGUCUUUAGAGCUACAGCUCCAGCAAGAGCACCUUGGAAGAGCAGUGGUAGCAGCAGCUGGGAUAAGCCGGCCGAGCGCUGCUGCCACUACUGCUAGCAGUGAAAUCUGGGAAGCAUCAGGAGGAAGCUUGCUCCGCGGUGGCUGUUCUGGGAUGGGAGGCUGUGCUGAGGUUCCUGGGUUCAGUGAUAGCGGGCAUGGAUGUGUCGGCAUUGCAGCACCUGCCAACACAGGUCAUGUUCCUGUUACUAAUAUUAUGGAGCUUUUCUCCUCUGCCGAAGACUUUCCCGACCAGAAGGGUUCCUUGCCUUUGCCUCUCUCCGCUAUUCGCCCUGCUCCGAUGUAUCCUCCUAUCCGCUCCUCCAUGUCCAUCCCCCCCCCCAUGUACACUCACGAAACACCAAUGGUAGCAGCAGCAGCAGCAGCAGCAGCAGCAGCAGCAGCAGCAGCAGCAGCAACUACAGGAGCAGCAGGAGCAGAAACAGAAGCAGCAACAGAAGCAGCAGCAGCAACUGCAGCAGCAUCAGCAUCAGCAGAAGCAGCAGCAGCAGCAACAGCAGCAGCAGCAGCAGCAGCAGCAGCAGCAGCAGCAGUAGCAACAGGCCUGUCUCCUGCCGCACCUCGCACAGUCAUACAGGAAGAGGAAGGUUUAGUGCAUCCAGCUGGUAAUGGGAUGACUGUGGAAGACAUAGCUGAGUUGCUGCGGAAUGCGCUAGAUCAGGACGAGCUAAUAGUAGCGCAUGGUGAGGUCCACCAUGAUUCUGAUGAGGUUUCACCAAGGAGUCGGACUGUGGGGCUGAUAGAAGGGACCAGUCACGAGCUCGAGUUUCAUCGUCUUCUAGUGCAGCAAUUGCAGCAGCAGGAGGAGGAGGAGGAGCAGCAGCAGCAGCAGCAGCAGCAGCAGCAGGAGGAGCAACUUUGGCAGCAGCAGGAGCAACCGCAGGAGCAGCGGCGGCAGCAACUGCUGGAGCAGGAACAAUUGCAACAGCAUGAGCAAAAAAUACUGGAGGAACAGCAACAGCUGAGACCACAGGAGGAGCAGCAGCAGCUGAGAUCACAGGAGGAGCAGCAGCAGAAGCAGCAGCAGCAGCGAAUGCCAACGUUUCAGGAAGGAGCCAGCAAGAGAAGACGGGUGGAAUUCACACCAAUCUUGCAUUCCCCAUCGCCAUCCCCCCUGGUAUCCCCUUCAGCAGCAGCACAUUCAAGUGACAACAGUGCAAACCCUCCAGCAAUGGUGUGUCAGGCGGAGGGGUGCAGUGCAGAUCUGAACCAUGAGAAGAAGGAGUAUUAUCGGCGGCACCGCGUGUGUGACAAGCAUUCCAAAGCGGCCACUUCGGCUUUACUUCCUACCUCAAUCAAGUUCAUUUCUUUCUCGACUCCCUUCGAUACUUCCUACCUCAAUCUCUCCCUUCCCCCUCCCUCCCUCCGUCCCUCCCUCACGGUCUCCCUUCCUCCCUCCCUCUACUUCUCCCUCCUUCACUCCCUCCUUCCCUUGCUCCCUCCCUCCCUUCCCCCCCCCCCUCCCUCCCUCCCUCCCUCCCUCCCUCCCUCCCUCCCUCCCUCCCUCCCUCCCUCCCUCCCUCCCUCCCUCCCUCCCUCCCUCCCUCCCUCCCUCCCUCCCUACAUUCAUCAAUCCAUCUACCCCUCGUCUAUCCCUCCUUGA